AUGAGCAAGAGCAUGAACGUCAACAAAACUAAAGAUAAAUCUACGCUGUCAGCACCCGGAAAGGACCCAGCUAUUGGGUUAAAUAGUGUAGGUACUAGGACCCUGUUGCCUUGCAGAGCUAUCUUGGAUGGCCAAAGACUAGGUCCACCGCCGCGACCCGUGUCAGCAUCCUCCGGUUGGCAUGAGAAAAUUGCAAGGGGUAUCAUGGAAACCACGACCAUGGUUAAAGAAGUUAGUGGAAAUCAAGAUUGUACGAGACCAGGUGAGGACGCGGUGAUACAACACAGAAUAGUAUGUACAAUACUCAACAUUAGGAAAGAGAAAAAGGUGAAGUUGGAAACCAACAGAAGGAUAAUGAUCUGGAAGUUAAAGGGAGAUAAAGUUGCGGAAUAUAGAGAAAAAGUAAAUGAAAAGAAUAAUGGUUCCACAAUCACAGUAGAGGAAAACUGGAAGGCACUGAAGACAGCCGUGAUGAACUCGGCAGCCGAAGUUUGCGGGACCACCAGGGGAGGAAAACACCAGGAAAAAGGAACAUGGUGGUGGAAUGAGCAGAAGAUAAAACAGAGCUGGAGAGACUACUUCAACAACCUCCUCAAUGUAGAAAAUGAAAGAGACCCGCUUGAAAGACUGCCACUGGCGGAAGGCCCGGUACAAGAAAUAUCACUUGAGGUCAGAGACGCCCUAAACAAAAUGAAAAGUGGAAAAGUAACGGGAGUGUCUGGACUACCUUGUGAAACACCUUGUGAAAUAGUAACCAUCUACAAGAGAAAGGGAGACCCAUGGGAGUUUGGAAAUUACAGAGGUAUUAAAUUGCUGGAACAAGGAAUUAAGGUCUUAGAGAAAAUCAUCGAGAAGAGACUACGCAUGCUUAGUAUCAUCGAUGACAUGCAGUUUGUUUUUUCUAAAGGAAAUUCUAAAGGAAAAGGAACAAUGGAUGCUGCGUCCAUCAUCAAGCAGCUGCAGGAAAAUCCUCUUGAAGUAGAUAAAGACGUAUACUUCACCUUUGCAGACUUGGAGUCUACAUAUGUCAUCCUUCUCCAUCUCGAUACAUUCAUAGACCCAUGCUUACAUCCACAGAACUUCAAUUAUGAUAUCUUGUCCUUCUAUGAAACUAAAUUAACUACAGAUAUGCAACAUCUCAUUAAUGCACCCAAUUGCAAUAUUGUCUUCCAUUCUAUCAUGGUGUACUUCAAAAUGUUAGGGCCUAUUCAUUUUCUGAUCUACAUCAAUGAUUUUGUGAAAACUUCCUCGUGUCUGAAAUUCAUCUUAUAUUCUUCAGGUAAUAUUAGAACAUAA